GGCACCACCUUCAACCCUCUUAUUAGGAGACGCGAAGUCUGAAGCACUCGCUCUCCCUGGCUUCCUACCUGAGUGAGGGAGGUUAGGCUGACGCCUUCUAGAGAAAAGAUCUUGUUAAACUUUCAAGGGAGGGCAACGGGAGGGAAAGGCGAAAGGAAGGAAAGACAGAAGGAGAGAGAAACAAAUGGGGCUUUUUCUAAUCUGUGCUGAUCAAGGAGAACCUGUAGGGGUCCUUAAGGAGGUUUCGAGGCGUUCCGAGUGAUUGGAAAGUAAUCACCGUGUCAGCUUCACCUUUCUCAUGCAAAGUGGAUGUCGUAUGCGAGGCGGAUCCUGCCCAGGUUUUUUUUUUGGUUUUUUUUUUUUUUUCAUUUUUAUUUUAUUUAUUUUAUCCUUGGACUCAGCCGCCCCCUGAAAACCCCAGCUGCUCCAGCCCCAGGAGUUCCUGCUAAUGCGGGAGGAGCGGAGCGGAGCAGGCACACAGACAACGCACGCACACGAGCCAGCCCUGCUCUGCAAAGCGCCGAAGAGCCGACCUAUUGCAAACCCAGACCAGAGGGCGGCGAGACGGGGCGCGGGGGGGGGGGGGGAUUUUUCAGGCCCCCCUCUUCAAUGGCUUAGAUAUUUCCUCCUCCUCCUCCUUUAUUCUGCACUCGGAUAAACCAAUCCCCACCUCUCGGCAAGAAAGUACGGAGCUGGGACCCGUUGUAAGGAGAGGAAAAUCCCUGGAGAAACCCGCUGCACCAAAAAGCCGCCCGAGACACGUGCAAGUUGAAGCAGUGAUCGCUCGGAUCUGCCCAGACCCAAACUAGUCCGGCGUCGCUCUGCCUGCGCUUCGGGGAAGCAGCAGCGGGGAGGAGGCAGAGGAGGAGGAGGAGGAGGAGGAGGAAGGGUGCUGGAAAGACGCAGCGCAAAAGUGGAAGCCCGGGGAAAAGAAAGUUGCCGGGCUCCCCGCAGUAAGUUUGGCGCAUCUGUGCGUUGGGGGUGCUUUCUCUUUGCCUGGUCGCUCGCCAAGUCGCCCGCCCCCCCGGCGCCGCCGGCGGGGCCGAUGCGGAGCGGCGCCGGGCGCUGAGCGGGGCGGGCGCUGCCCGCGGCCGCGGCCCGGGCUAUGCUGACCGGCGCGCCGCCGUCCCCCGCCGCCCAGCUCCCUCGCGAAGGUCGGGGGCGAUGCGGUCCCAGGCAGGAGCCGUGCGGCCGCUGAAGUGACUCCCGCCCGGCCCCCCCCCGCCACCCGCUCCCCGCCCCGCACGCCCCCGGCGCCGGGCGCCCGCGGGAGGGAGCCGCGCUCCGGCCGCACGCGUGGCUGGAUGGCCGCCUGCGCCGCCGCGGCCGCGGCCGCCGCAAUGGGGCCAGCGACGAGGAACUUGGUCCGGAGGCUGCUGCCGCUGCUCUGCUGCCUGACCGGCUUCUGCGCGGGGAUAAGCUCCAUAGACAUUGACCGCCCCGGCGACGGGAGGUGCCAGCCCAUAGAAAUCCCCAUGUGCAAGGAUAUAGGGUACAACAUGACGAGGAUGCCUAACCUGAUGGGACACGAAAACCAAAGGGAAGCUGCCAUUCAGCUGCACGAGUUUGCCCCCUUGGUGGAGUACGGUUGCCACAGCCAUCUGAAAUUUUUCCUCUGCUCCCUCUACGCCCCGAUGUGCACGGAGCAGGUUUCCACGCCGAUCCCAGCCUGCAGGGUCAUGUGCGAGCAGGCGAGGCUGAAAUGCUCUCCUAUUAUGGAGCAGUUCAAUUUUAAGUGGCCAGACUCUCUGGACUGCAGCAAACUGCCCAACAAGAAUGACCCCAAUUACCUGUGCAUGGAAGCCCCCAACAACGGGUCGGAUGAGCCGCCCAGAGGAUCCAGCAUGCUGCCACCCAUGUUUCGUCCACAGCGGCCCAGCAGUGGCCACGAUCUGCAGCAGCAUAAGGACAGCCUCAGCAGGACCUCCUGUGAAAAUCCUGGCAAGUUCCACCAUGUGGAAAAGAGCGCUUCCUGCGCACCGCUCUGCACUCCAGGGGUUGACGUGUACUGGAGCAAGGAUGACAAACAAUUUGCCGUCAUUUGGAUUGCCAUCUGGUCCAUUCUGUGCUUCUUCUCCAGUGCUUUUACCGUACUCACUUUUCUGAUAGAUCCUCAGCGUUUCAAGUACCCCGAGCGGCCCAUUAUCUUCCUCUCCAUGUGCUACUGUGUCUACUCAGUGGGGUACAUUAUUCGCCUCUUUUCGGGUGCUGAAAGUAUUGCCUGCGAUAGGGACAGUGGCCAACUCUAUGUCAUCCAGGAAGGACUGGAGAGCACUGGCUGCACCAUUGUGUUCCUGGUUCUGUAUUACUUUGGUAUGGCAAGUUCCUUGUGGUGGGUAAUCUUGACUUUAACGUGGUUUCUAGCAGCUGGGAAAAAAUGGGGGCAUGAAGCGAUUGAAGCAAACAGUAGCUACUUCCAUUUGGCAGCGUGGGCCAUUCCGGCUGUGAAGACCAUAAUGAUCCUAGUUAUGAGAAGGGUGGCUGGAGAUGAGCUGACAGGGUUGUGCUAUGUUGGAAGCAUGGAUGUGAAUGCCUUGACGGGGUUUGUACUCAUUCCUUUGGCUUGUUAUCUAAUCAUUGGCACUUCUUUUAUUCUUUCUGGUUUUGUGGCCCUUUUUCAUAUCAGGAGGGUGAUGAAAACAGGUGGAGAAAAUACUGACAAGUUGGAGAAACUUAUGGUCAGGAUUGGCGUCUUCUCAGUCUUGUAUACAGUGCCUGCAACUUGUGUCAUAGCUUGCUAUUUUUAUGAAAGACUUAAUAUGGAUUAUUGGAAAAUUGUGGCAACUCAACAGAAAUGCAAGAUGAACAAUCAGACUAAAAAUUUAGACUGCAUGAUGAAUAACUCUAUUCCAGCAGUAGAAAUUUUUAUGGUCAAAAUCUUUAUGUUAUUAGUUGUGGGCAUUACUAGUGGUAUGUGGAUCUGGACUUCCAAGACUCUUCAGUCCUGGCAAAAUGUUUGUAGUCGAAGAUUGAAGAAGAGAAGCAGGAGAAAACCUGCAAGUGUUAUUACAAGUAGCGGAAUCUACAAAAAACCUCAACAUCCACAGAAAACUCACCUUGCAAAAUACGAAUCGACAUUACAGCCACCCACUUGUGUGUGACCAGGUUUUAGAAAAGACUAUAUCUCACCUUACAGACUUACAAAUGUCAACAGUAGCGGUCAAAAAUUUAAAAAUAAUUUUAUUGUCAGAACGGUUUAAUAUCUCAAGGCAAAAAAUGUAUCACGCUGAAUUCAGGACCUGGUGAAAAACUGAAGGUAAAUGUACUUAUGGAAAGGUUUUCAGUGAAAGAAAUAUUGUAAAUUAAAACAGUCUCUUCUGUUACUAAUUUGUAGUUAAGUACUUCAUCCAGGCCUCAGAUUUAUUUUUCAAAAAAACACCAAAACCCAACACCCUAUUUAACUUUUUCAUGUAGCUGAGCUGGAUUUCCUACAGGUUUCUGAGUAACAAGGUAUGGUCAAGUUUUAUGGAGCAAUGAUUUGAUUUUAAAAGGGCCCAAGUGAGCAUUGUCUCUUUAGGGAAACUAAGGUCCCAAAGAGGCCUAUCCUCAGUAAGUAUGCUAUCUGUGAAAGCAACUUCCGUGCUAACUUUUUAUAAAAAAGAGACAGAGAGAGAGAGAGAAAUCCUUUACAACUCAUCUCAGCCUAGCGGGUUUGGAGUGCCUAAAAAUAGGUUCAAUCUAUAAUGCUCACCAAUAUUCUUUCACUAAAAAAGAAACUUCCUGCACCAGACACAAACUUUGUGAAUAAGAAUAAUGUGCAAUACAUUUUUUUUCUUACCAUGACAUGAAAAGAGAAACAAGUAUUUUGCUGUACAUAAAGACAACAAAAGAAAUCUCUUAACAAAAGAACUAAGAGGUCUAGUCCUCAGAAACCCUUUAGUGUUACAUUUUGUGGCUUUUUAAUGGAAAUCAAGCCAAUGUUAUACACGUUUGGACUGAUUUGUGCAAAAAAAAAGGGGGGGGAUCAAUUCAAAGAGACCCAAAGGGCUUAUUGACUCUUUCUAUUGUUAAACAAAUUCUCACUAUGAAUAGAUCAAGAAGCACUAGAUUCUGCAAAGGGAAGCUUUGUAUAAAGUGAUGCUCUUUACUGUGCUGGGGGUGCACAGUUUUGUGCUGUAUAUAUUUGUAAUAUACAAUUAUUUUUCAUGCUCCACUAUUUUAUUAAAAAUAAAAU